AUGGUGAACAAGCGGAAACCAAGCGUCCGCAUUCCUCAACCUCGGGUUCCAGCAGAGAAGCUACCGUCUGCCAGCACGCAAGAAGACCUUGAUGUUGUUAUUGACAAUGAUGAUCCAGCGAGAAGUCAAUUGGCCGAGGAGCUCCGGCAACAGACUUUGGCAGCGCUGAGUGCAUGGUUGCGCCGUGCCGAGGUAAGCAAGCGGCCGGCGGGCUCUCCGCAAUCGCCGCCGUCACCGCGGAAGGCUCGAAAUCAACAAUAUAUUUGCACUGGCGGUACGUGGACUGAGUUUGUGCGAGACACCCUGCACGAGAGACUUUCUGAGUGUCUGACUUGCGCAUGGACACACAGCUGUGGGGAAGUGGUCCGCGACCCACCAAUCCAGCGCCUUCGGAGAGUCUGCAAGAUGCUCAUCCACACCCAUCGCUCCUACCUAGCCUUACAUGUACAGGUCCAGCAGGUGGAGGCACGACAUCACCAGCCAAAUGAGCCACCGAGAGGGCACUUCGCCACCACGGCGGCGCACGAGUUUCAUCUGGAGGACUUUUGGCAGAGUUACAAGUGCAGACCUUCGACGAGCUGGGCGUCAGCUCCGGUAGUUUGCACAGCAUCGGGCACAUGGGACUUGCAAUUCCGUGGAAAGAGGGCGACUCCCAGACCAGAAAUCUUCGGGAGUUGGACAUCAUCCUUGUUUGGCGUGCGGCCCUCCAGCAGAGCAGCGACAGCUCCUUCAGGUGCCCGCAGGGAGUACUCUGCAAGCAUCCGGCCCCAGACCUCCUUCAAGUGGAGUUCCUCUUUCCUCGAUGGUGGCGACUCUACUGUUUCUGUGUGGGCCGAUGUUCCAGGGCAGACUACCAUUUCGGAUCGACGCGACUUUGACGAGUCCGACCUGAACCUGCACAACAUGGAAGUUUCCAGUUGCUUCAGUUGGUGUUGCUAUUUGCGAGAGGUGGUGAACUCUCCAGUGAUGCUGGCAGAUCCGACCAUGUUGGACAAAGUCGACGGCUUGGACGAACUGCCGGUCAUGGACGCACCGCUCGAGCAGUAUUUGCAUGCGUGCAGCAAGCUCGGCACGCGGCCACGGCCGCUGCCUUUUGUCACUGGCCACUCGCCGAACCUCCACGCGGCGGGCCACAGCCUCACAGACCAGGAUCUGCUGAGCCUGCUGACCUUGACCAGGCAGGUGGAGCUUGUCGAGGAAGUGGAUCUUUCGGACAAUGCAAAGUUGACUGACGUGGGAAUGCUGCCUUUCCUGCGAGAAGUCGGCGUGAAGAAGACAUGCCUAUCCUUGCUGAAUUUGAGCCACUGCCGAUCACUGGGUGAAGCCUCCAUCAGCUUACUCACGUCCAUUAUGCACCAGGGGGGCCUGGGCCUCCUUUGGUCCUUGGACUUGAGCGGAAUUGGUUUGCCCAUGGGUUGCGCGCGCCCUCUCCUCGAUGCCAUCGGACAGCACCCGACCCUGAGGAAAGUUGGUCUGGCGAGUCUGGGAAUCGGGCGGCUCGGAGUUCGAAGUGCGAAGAGCAGCCUCAGCUGCCUUUUUCAAGGCUACCUGCUCGAGGAGGUUGAUCUGGCCUGGAACACCUUCGAUAGCGCGUCGUUUGCGCAGUUGGGCCGCUGCCUGAACACCGCCGUCAAGCUUCGCUCGCUGAGUAUCGCGGGAUGCUCAAGCUCAUCACGUUCGACCAGGGACCUUCCAAUCGAGCAUUUUCUAGAACAGCUUCCAAAUGCUCAUAAAUUGUCGGUCCUGGACGUCACUUUCAAUCACAUAGACUUUCGUGGGGCUUUUGUCAUUGAAGACGCCUGCGACACCUUGCGGUGCCUGAAGCAUCUCGUGAUCGCCGACAAUCCCCUGGGAGUGCUUGGGCAGCGCUGCCUUUUUCGGCUCCUUGCCCAGAAAACAUCGGGCUUGGAAUGGUUCGACUGUGCGGGCUGCGCCUAUCAAAGUGCAUCCUUCAGUUUGGACAAGGACUCGAAGCAGAUUUUUUGUCCUCAAAAUCCAUCGGGGCGCUAUGAGCUCGACCUAGCACGGCCUUACCAUCGUGCCGUGUUACGACGCCUGUACAAGACCAGUGAGCGAUUCAGGGUCAGACCGUCCGUCUCCUUCAGCCAGAUCAAGAGCUCCUCGGGGUACCAGCAUCCUCACAAAAAUCGAGGGACCUGGAAUAUCGCCACUGGAGGAGACCUCACUGUUCACUUUCAAGUGGAUUGCAUAGGCAAUGAGUCCUUGGACGGAGGGCGCUUUGCAAGCUUCGAGGGCUAUCUGGCACAGCACACCCGCAACCGACGAGUCAAGCCCGCUGUGCACAAGGUGGUACCGCUGAUAGCACUUUGGAGGAUGAACCGGUUCAGUGCCAAGGAGCAAGAGACCAUGUUGGAAUGCUUGUGCAAAGACUUUCUCCUUUCUGCGGAACAAAUCCGCGCUCUGGUCUGCUGCAGCGCUGUAAGCCAGACGGAGUACCUGUGCGCGUGCAGUCUACCUCAAGACAGACCUGUCCAAGUCCUUUCCAUGCUACAGACAACCACCAUGGAGGAGUAUGUGUCAAGGUGCAAGUACCUCCGUACAUUCAUGAGUGUCAAUUACGAUUGUCCAAAUGGCCACUACCAGCUGGACAUGUUGUCCGCGGCGGAUCGGGCAGUUGGGCAGCAUCUCUUUGUCCUCAAUGCAUGGGAGGUCGAGCUCGACAAGCGCGCGCAGCGGAUGGACCUCUCAGAACUGGGGGAUGGCUCGCACUGGCGAAACAUCACCCACCAGGGUGGGCCAUGGAAGAUGGACAUGACGAGGUGGUUGCCGCCUCCUGAAGGCACGCUCGACUUUGACUACGUGUCUGCACGGAGACCAGACCCCAAACAAGCUCCGAUCGACCUUCCCAACUUUGCACGCAUGCUUCAGUUGCUUGCGAGCUUCGACGAGGCACCGCUGGCAAAGUUUCUGGCGCUAAGACGAUGCGGACACCGCCUCUUCAUGACCAGCUCGCAGCUGCGAGAACUCCUGUGUAUGUGCAAGACCAUCGAUGCCAAGCUUCAACUGACUAUCCUGCUCUACUUCCAGGUGGUGGAUAUUUCGAAUGCGAAAACCUUUCGGGUUCUCUUCGAUCCUGCUGCAAACCAGCAGCUGCAGAAGUGCUUGGGCUACGUGGUGACCUUCCUUUUCCUUCAGCCCGAGGGCUUCAUAGAGCUUUCCUUGGACCAGCGAGAACAGCGUCUGCUGGCCCAUUGCCUGGCUUUGCUGCGAAGCAAAGAGCGAUCCAACAUGAAGGACGUGGUGCUUUGCGACAAGACGGGCAGGCUUAUCGCGCUCUCAAAGGGCCUGCCAAAGUCCUGGGAAAGUAUAGAGAAGGUGCCAAGCCGGGGUGCAGUCAGUUUGACGUACAAGUGCAUUCCCGAAGAGCGCAGUGUCCCCUUCCGAAAGCAAUUGCAGAUGCAAUUUGGUGGGUGGAAGCUUGGGACUAUUUCCAAGCAGUCCAUGACUUGGUGCACCAGUGCCGCGGAAGCACCGGCAGAUGUCCUCGAGCUGUUACACCAUGUACUGCGGGCAUCAUCCACAAGAACCGCGAACCCUGGCAACUGCGACCUCGGCUUUGACUUCCUUGCAAGCCAGGUGAACAAGACAGCACUCACACGGCAGGACCUCCUUCAAGCUCUGUUGGCCUGUGGCUUUCUGCCUGCGGAGGAUGAUGAGGAAGCAGUACGUCGGGCGGACGACAUUUUCGAAUUUUUCAUUCCUGGACGGCAGAAGUUCUUGUCGCGACGAGAAUGGUGCAUUCUGGAUGAGCUAUGGCACGAGGCCCAGCAGCAGAUGCAAGAUUUGGUGCGCUUUGCUGCUCGGAAGUUCGAUUACUCCACCAACCUGAUCGAGACGAUUUGGUCCCACAUUUCCGACGGAGAGGAAAGCCUCACUUUGCCGCAGUGGUCGAAGGCCAUCAAGGAGAAGCUUGGAUUUCAUGGUCCUGCUGACGAAGUCUUUGCCCUGUUGAACAAGGCUGGCAAGGAUGCCGUUUCCGUGGCCCAGUUGGACAUCAUGCUCGCAUCGCUUGGGGACUAUUCCACCGACUGCCAGGGACCGCGCAUCUCGCAGAAGUUUUGCACAAGAGUGGCAACAGCCAACGCGCUGCAGCUCUCACAAAUCUGCAUUGACCAGGUGCUAGCUCUGGUGGGCUACCUGUCCUCCCCAGCCUUCGUUCCGUGUCGCACCUCCCUGAAGCUUUGGGUGCUGGAGCGCUGUUUGCCCGAGUCUCUGGCUGCCUUGACGGCACCGGCCCAUGCAGUGGAUGAUCCGCUGGCACACGGAGUCAUGCAGGAAGGAGAGCUGCAGGGCUGGGCCGAGAGGGCGGCAUUCGGAGGACUACUUGUGAGCACGCUUUUGGCAUGGUGGCGCGGCACCCUGGGUAGUGGCCAGGCGUCAACAGAGGGCAAAGCUCCAUCAUUCUAUGCCAUGGCAUUUGCAAACCUUGCCCUUGUUGUGCUGCUGUCCAACCGCUGGCUGGAAAGCGGCCACUUCCCCCUGUCAAACAUGUAUGAGUCGCUCAGUUUUUUGGCGUGGGGUGUUACUGCAGUGACACUGUACUUCACCGUCAGCCAGACGACCGAGAGUGAGGAGCUCAAGGCUUUCGACUUGCAAUCCAACUCCAAGUCCUCGCAGGCCAAGCAGGUCACCACCGACAUUGCUGCUGUUUGGGCAUCCCCCGUGGCUCUCGGCAUUGUCGCCUUUGCCCAGUUCUCCUUGCCGAAGGUCGAACUGGCUGGUGAUGCACGUUUCCGCCCGCAUCCCGAUGUCGGUUUUUCUGUGUUUCGGUCACCUUGCUUGUACUUGUGCUACGGCCAACAGGUUGUGAUGUGCUCCUACGCGACGCUGAUGUUUGGUUCCAUCCUCUGCCAGGGCCUUUUGCUCGUCCGCAUGGCUGUGCUCGCAUUGAGCCAGCCCAAAGACAGCCCGAUCACGGCCCUCCGGGAGGCGGCGCAGCCUGUGCUGGAAGGUAUCGCGAAUGGCUUGCAGCCGCAGCCAGCUGUUGCCACUGCUGGGCAGUCACCUGCUGUCGCCAUGACCGGCACAACGGGCCUGGAUGCUGGCAACACAGCCAGCCCGAUUGCGCAGGAAGACAGGGCGCAGGUCGCUGUGGCAAGCACUGCUGCCAGCGUUGCCGAAAGUGAGGUCACAGUUGAGUUCACAUCCUCUUCGGGCACGGCUGUCCUUUCAGAGGACGACCAGCUCGCCAUCACUUUGGAUGACCUGGCUUACCGGUCGCUUUUGCUGGGCUUCGGCUUUCUGACGGUCGGAAUUGUAUCUGGCGGAGUUUGGGCAAACGAAGCAUGGGGCAACUACUGGAGCUGGGAUCCGAAGGAGACCUGGGCGCUCAUCACGUGGCUGGUUUAUGCUGCCUACCUGCACACAAGGCUUCAGCUUGGUUGGGACACGCGCGAAAGUGCCAAGAUUGGUGCUUUUGGAUUCCUCGUUGUCUGGGUGUGCUACAUUGGCGUCAAUCUGAUGGGAAUCGGCUUGCACUCCUAUGGCUUUUUCCUCAAGUGA